CGGUCCGCGGUUAGUUCGUAAUAAUGGAGCCAUGUUUAAACUAUUGAAUCUCUUCGAACGUUUUUGUCCUGCAAAAGACUAUUUCCUGAAAAUUUAAAGUUACAAGUUUGGCCGCCUUUAGUUUCGGUUUCCACUUCAGUUUCUCUUUCUGUGGCUGUGUAUGUUCUUAGAAGUUAUGUUUGUGUCGCUGCUGACGUGAGACGACGACGACGGCGGUCUUCAACUUCUCCCUCUUUCUUUUCUUUGUUCACAUGAAAACAGUUAGGUGUGUGGAGGCGCUCCUGACCCGUCCCAACCCAGCGAAGCCGAAGGCCUCGGGAUCCAGGACAGGAUGCAGCGGAGUGGCAGUCCCACCAGGUCAAGCCAGAGCCCGAAGGACAUAGUUAAAGACCACAACCUAUCUAAAGAAGAUGUUGCACUUAUCCGGAAUUCUCCGAAGCACAUCGUCUGUGUGGACAUGCUGCGCGAGGGCUACCACGCAUCCUUCUCAGAGCUCUUCGCUCUGAUCCAGAAGUGGAACGCCUCAAGGGAGGCUGCAGGCCCUGGGUCAGCCAUAUGGCAGCACAGGCCCCUGGAGGAGCAGCCCAGUAAGCUCCACGAGCUCCGGCGCUUCCUGACCAGGGCUGAGGCAGCCCAGAGAGCAGGCCUGUACGAGGAGGUGUAUGAGAACCAGGUGGCUUUGGCACAUUAUUUUAAGGACCCGGAGGACAUAUGGUUGUCCCAUUACUUCUACGAAGCCGGCCUCAAGUCGGCUCGUCUGGUCGCUUCAGACGAGGGGAGAAGGGAGGCGGAGGCCAACGGAAACAUGGGUGACGUCUGCAUGGAGCGAGGUGACCUGGAGGCAGCCCGUGACCACUACGAGGCAUUCCAUCGUCUGUCAGCCAGCAAGGCCUGGCUGGACGCAACGGGACGGAGCUAUGCAGCUCGCGCCUGCGAAGGCCUCUGGAAGACUUACACAUUACUCGCAGAGAAAAUGCUAGCAGACAAAGACUAUGAGUCUGCCAUCGGAACCCUGGUGAAUGCGUUCGUAAUGGCACAAGAAGCGGGGAAUAAAAAGAUAGAAGGAGAAGCGGCAUACCGAGUGGGACUGGGCUACCAGUGUGUUGGAGAUCAUCCAACAGCUAGAAGUUACCUACAUAUAUAUAUGGAAAUCUCCUCAGCACUGGGAGAUCAUGAGAGUCUGGGAAAAGCCUACAAAGCAAUUGCUCAGUCUCUGGAAAGUGAAGGAAAAUUUGGAGAGUUGACGGAGUUCCUGGAGAAAUUUGUGAAAGUGUCUAGUGGGAACAGCCAGAAUCGUAACCUGGUGGAAGCAUGCAUGUACCUGGGAGUGAUUUACAGAUCAAGAGGCGAAUACGACAAAGGCUGCACGUACCUUCAGAGGGCCUACGAUAUAGGAUGUGGCCUGAAUGACUUGCCGUUGUUGCAAAAAGUACAGGUGCACCUGGGAAGUGCACGGGCUCACCACAUGAUGAUGGCAUAUAGCCGUCACGUUGAAGAAGCCCAGCCUCUGGAUGUAAGGAAGCUCCUGGCAUGGAAGGACAGCAGAAGCAACGAUUUCUACAGUGCAGACUAAAAAAGAGAACAGAUGAAGGGGAAACACAAAUGAACAACUACACAUCAGAUGGAAAAAAAAAACUGGACCUCUGGUUACCACAUGAAUCACAGCAUAGCAGAUUGGGAAAACAAACAUCUCUUAUCUCGAACACAGUGUUUUCUUGUCUUUAUUUGAUUUUGUUCACUUGUCUUGACAGUUUCAAAAUCACAACACUUAGUCAUAAUGUAUUUUAGUGUAUCAUUUACCUCUGUUUACAGUAAAACCAUUUUCCUCUUUUCCACAUGCAGUGAAGAGCAACAGGUUUUAUUUUUUUAAAGCUUAUGCAUAGGUGAAAUCUGUUAAAAAGGGUAGUUUUAACAGAUACGUAACAUACAUAAGUAAUAUAUGCUUGUAAAACUGCAUUAAUCGCUGUGAUUAGAUUGACUACCCUGUUUUGGUACCAAUGGAUCACAAGUUUACUUUAUGCUGUAUUUUUAACUGCGCCUGUUACACGUGGAGGCACGUGGAGAAGGACACCCUGGACACCAAUGUACAUCAGUUGUGGUGUGAAAUGUGUGUUCAUCUGUUCAAUUGGGAUUUGUUGAAAAAAAUCAUUGCUGUAGUAAAUCCUACAUGUGUUUUUCUUGCUCUUGUGCUGUUUUUUUUUUUUUUUAAAUAAUUUUGUCAGUUGCCUACUUGAGAAGUCCAGAAAAUCC